UUUUAACAUUAAUUGCAGUCACGUAAUUUAUACGAGAUAAAUAUAACCUACAGUAUUUUGUAAGAUUCAUAAGAAAUGUAUAUAAUGCAACAAAGAAUUUAUAUCAAUAUUUUCAUACCUCACAGGUUAAAACAAAAUUAUUGAACCAUGUCACAGUUUGAGCUGGAUCCUCAAUUUACCCAAGGUUUACAUCUUUUACAUUCCACUAAUAAAGAUUCAGCAGAACAACUACGAGUACUCUUGGAUGAGGCAAUUAAACAGAAAUAUGGACCAUCAAAAAUGUUGUCCAAUGUGUUGCACAAAAAGUACAUGAUGGAAGAACCAGUGCUAAGUGAUCAUAGCAGCAGCAGCAGUAGUAAAAAAAGCAGAAGCUCUGGAUCUUCUUCCAAACAUUCGAGCAAAUCCAGUAAAAAUAGUUCCCCAGUGAAUCUGCCAACACGUGACACUCCACCUAUUAUACAGACUGAUGACACAUUAGCGUUAGAAAUAUUAGAGGAUGACUUGACCUGUGUCAUUUGCAAAGGAAUGGAUGUUGGAGCACGGAACAGACUUGUAGAAUGUUUGGAAUGUCAUUCUUUGUAUCACCAAGAAUGUCACAUUCCACACAUUUUAGACUCACAAAUAGAUGUUCCAGAGCUGACAUGGUAUUGCUCAAAUUGUUCCAAAUCUCAGAUCUCAAAAGAAAGGAGUUCACCAAAAACAGUAACAGAAAGCAAGUCCAAAGAACAGAAGAAAUCUAAUUCGAGUGCAGGAAAUAAAGUAACACCUAAUAUUCAUAUUAUAAGUGCAGACAGGAGAUUAAAGGACAUGAUGAAAAAAGCAAAGCAAGAUAAACGAAGUACAAAUACCACUCAAAGUUCAAAGAAUUCCUCAUCCAGUUUGCCAGCACUGUCUUCAACAAAAUCUCAGGAGAAGUCCUUAUUAUACAAAAUUAAGUCAGGUGUAGAAUGAAAUUCUGCUCUAUACGAUAAUCGUGACAAUAUUUUAUAACACAGAAGAAAUUUAAACGAAUUUUAUAAUAUCAACUUUAUGAGACGAUUAUAAGUGCUUAGCUAAUUGGACUAUAAUAGCAAUUUCGAUGACUAUUGGUAACAUAGUUAACAAAACACUAAUAUUGUUUUAUGCCAAUGAGCAUAUGAGUAAUCAUUAAAUAAUGAAUAUUAACUUUAUAUCCAGCUACACACAACGUUUCCAAAAAAAGUCUAAGA